UAAAAAGAGUGUUUUAUUUUAAAUAUAAUUUUACCCAAUAUCCUGGAGUCCUGGCCAGGUUAAUGAGGGUUGACAGUAACCACUAUAGGAAGUAGCAUUUGGUAAGAAAGUAAAACCAGUCUUACAGUCUUUGAGAAAGGAAGAGGAAGAACAGAUGACAAAAGAAGCUGAAGAUGUACAAAUGUGUUUCUGACCUGCUGAGCAAAUUUGGACUUACCCCAAAUCUGUCCAUUCCUGUGCCCACUGACAUACAUGGCAGCGAUUUGGGUGGUGUCACAUUCCUGUCCCUUUACUUCCCUGGCCCAAGGGACUAAGAAGAGAGGCUGGUACUUCCCCAGAAUAGUUUCCUGUAAGGAUGUCAGGAAAGGAGAAAGGCAUUUUCUCUGUUUCUGUGCCCUUUGGCAGGUGGAUCUGGAUGGCUCCUGGACAUUGAGUGCAUGGACAGGACUGGGAUGUUGUGGGUAGGUGCUGGUGGGUUCUGUCUGUUCAGGAGACACAAGGUGAGGAAGAGCCUGAAGCUCUGUUCAGGGGGAAGUUGUGAAAUUGGAAGUGAAAGGCAUGGGGCUGGAGGGAUUUUGUGAAAUCGGAAGUGUCUGAAGUGUUGAAGGACUGUGCUGAAAGGCUGUGGCGUAUGAAGGUGCCCUGACAGAGCUCCUGACCCCAGAGCUCCAUGUUGAGGGCAGCACAAGCAGGGUUUGGGUAUCUGAAAUUGCUGAGGUGGGAAGUGUGGGUGCAAGGUUGCAUGAAGCAGUAGUGAGUCCGUAAGUUGCUGAACUGUGCUGGGAGAGGCUGUGGGUCAAAAGAGGACCCACUGUGGUGAGAGAUAUGUGACAGCUCCAGCAAAGAUAUUGUGGGAGAGGACUUAAAAUUUCUCUACCUGAGCAGCACUAAAACUUCAUCUUCAGGGGCUGUGAAACCAGAGCAUCUCAGGGCCUUGAAUAGGACACAACACCAGUGCAACAUUUGUAUGGACAGCUCUUGCAAGAACAGCUGAGGAAGGGAGAAGUUGUAAAAAAAUAAUGUUUCCAUGACACUGCAAAGAGGGGAGGGGGAAGUGGUUCAAGUCUGAGUGGUCAUACCCACAGAGAGAAGGUAUUUCCCCCAUGAGUGAUUGGCUGCCUGGAGGGUCACGCUGAAAACAUCGUGGCUUUUUAAACAGUGGCUGCCCAGCCCAGCACUGCAGGAUGACACAAGGACUUGAGCUGCACCCUAUGUCACACAAUCCAGAGGACAACAUUGCUGGGCACAGGCACUGAAAGUCCAAAAAAAAGGACUGAAUCACCCAUUAUGGGACCCUCAACCACACCAAUCCUCCUUCCAACCACAGCCAUCCAGGCUCCCAGGACCAACCAGAGUGGGGCUGUGGGACAACCAGAGGCAUCCUACACUGUCCUCAAGUUCAUGGAGAGCUUCUGCCUGCUGAGUGCUGCCUGUGGGAUGGUGGGGAAUGGCCUGGUGCUGUGGUACCUGGGCUUCCGCAUUCGCAGGAACCACUUCACUGUCUACAUCCUGAACUUGGCGGCCGCCGACUUUGGGUACCUGCUGUGCAUCGCUGUGGAGACCGUGCAGUACCUGAUGCAGUUCAACGUGGGGGUGCAGUUCGGGAUAUUCCUCUUCCUGGAUCUCUUCAUGUACGGCACAGGCCUGUACCUGCUGACUGCCAUCAGUAUUGAGCGCUGCCUGUCUGUGCUGUCCCCCAUCUGGUGCCGGAUGCACCGCCCAAAGCACCUGUCUGCCGUGGUGUCCGGCCUGCUCUGGGCCCUGUCCCUGCUCCUGAACACUCUGGGAUAUGUUUUGUGCACUGUUCGCCCCUCUCCCAGGGUUUGCCAGCGCCUGCUCAUCGCCAUCGGAGCCUUGGAUUUCCUCGUCUGCACGCCCCUCAUGCUGCUCUUCAGCCUCACCCUCUUCCUGCAUGUCAAGUGCAGCUCCCAGCCCUUCCAAACAGGCCGGCUCUUCACUGUCAUCAUGCUCACCAUCCUCCUCUUUGUCAUUUUCGCCGUGCCCCUCAGUGUCCUCAUCCUGCUGGACUUCCUGGGACACAAGUUCCUGUAUUCCCCGGAGAUUGGCUUUGUGCUGUCCUGCGUCAACAGCACCCUCAACCCCGUCAUUUACUUCCUGGUGGGAAGCUACAGGGAUCGGAAAUUCAGGCUCACCCUCAGACUGGCAUUCCAGAGGGCCUUCCAAGACUCAGCAGAUGACAGAGAUGAGAGGGAAACUCGGGACACAAUAACCAUGUCCUCCUAAAAUCCUGCCUGGAAUGUCUUAGCAGAACUGAAGAACUCUGAGUUACUGGGGAAGGUUCAUGUCACUUGACCCUCAGCACUCUCUUUGUACAUUAUUUUAAGUCCCCAUCUGUGGCACAUAAGCACCUGGACCACAGAACUUACCUGACCUGCAUUUAGGAUGCAUUAAAAGUUCCUGUUUCUUUCCAGUGACUAUUAAAUAAUAUUAACUUGAUAAGGUUGAAAUGUCUUGGUGUCUGAAUUUCAGCAAUGAAUUCCUUCUCAGGAUAAAUCCUUGUCAUUCAUAAACUCAUAAAUUCUCAGUGUUGCUUUUCACUCAGAUCUCAGAAAAUGAGAUCAGUACCAACAAUCCUUCUGUUGGAAGCAGACAUAAAGUUCCUGGAAAAAGAAUCCAUCUAUCCUUAGUUUAGAAUUCCCACGUCUGAGCACGCACACAGCCUUUUGUGGCUCACAGAGGGCUUCCUAAUGUGAGCAUUUGAAGGACUGAAAAGAUUCACAUCCACCAAGUCCAUUUCUUCUCUGAACCAGGGAUGUUUCCACACCACAGAGAAGAAAAGGGCUCCAACUCCUUCCAAUUUGCUUAAAAAAUUUAGUCACUGAGUUUCAUCCUCCAUUGUCUUGUAUUUCAAAGAAAUACAUGACUGGAGAUUAUUAUUUUAUAUUAUAUUAUUGCAUGUUAUUUUAAUUUCUUCCAGCCCUUGGCAGAGUCUCUGCAUUUAUCUACAUCAUGUAUUGGAUGGUUAUUUCUUCCUUUAAAAGAACAGAUCAGAAUCCAUGGUUUAAAAUCUUCUUUACCAAUAAAUAAAAAUCAAAAGCUAGUGGGAAAAAAUACAGGAGACAGAACAAGGUAAAUAAAUACCAUGAUUUGCAACAAAUUAUUCUCUAAAGCAAAUCCUUUGAAGGAAAAAAUGGGAUUAUUUGUGCUCUCAGACUGCCUAACAUUUAUUCUUUUAAUCAAAAUCAUUAGAAGAAGUCAAAGUGGGUACUUUUCUUUGAAAAACCUCACAAAUUCAUGUUCAAAAUGUUAUCUUUUUGAUAACCCAAAUGAUUUUUUCAUUAGGA